UUCUCACUUAUUUCCUGCUUCCCACCCUUUCAAUUUCAAACCCAACACCGUUAAUAACUCACAAGGACUUAACACGCGGCAUAUCCCAAACAACAACACAAAAGUGAAAUCACCAUACUUUGUACUAAACCAGCCAUUUUUUUUUACUUUGUUUUUCUGUUAUUUUACAUGGCUUCCAAUCAAGAAAUGAACCUCCCUUUGAGGCUUUUGGUGGACAAAGAAAAAAACCGUGUGGUUGUGGGUGAAGCAAGUGGAGACUUAGUAGACAUUUUAUUCAGUUUUCUCACCCUUCCCUUGGGAACAAUCAUAAGGCUUGUGUCAAAGAAGAAGCAAGUGCAAUUGCAUGAUGAAGCAGAAGAGAUUGGUUGCAUCAACAAUCUCUACCAAAGUGUGCAAGAUUUUGGUGAUGGGGUGUUCUGGAACCAUAUUUGCAAGAGAAUGUUGCUGUGUCCACGCAACCCUUGUGAAGCACUUUGCCAAAAGCUGAAGCUGAAAGUGGAUGAUACGGAACCCAUGAAGUACUUUAUGUGUAGCAAGGGGUGUAGAAGGGGUGGUGAUUGGUUCUUGAGUACUUUUGCCGAGGCUAGUUGCUCUUGUGGGAAAUUGAUGGACAAAGAAAUGAAGUUGCAUGGAGAUUCAAGCGAAAAGACUCAUGAGAAUGGUGUUUUUGUUAAGGGGGAAACCAUGUACUUGAUAUUUGAUGAUUUGAAGGUGUUACAAAGCUCUCCUGGUAAUUCUGUUCAGCAACUUGUCCAACUUGGCUACAAGAACUUCCACAAUCUUAAGGAAAUGUCCCUGAAUGUUGGCCUAAAGGAGAUUUUGGAGUUACUAAAGCACGCAUUAACCUCCAAAUCUCCGCUCAGUGAUGUAUUCUUGGGAAAUGGAGAGUCUAAGAGGAUGUGCAUUUUUAAACCAAAACUUAGACCACAUAAUCAACGUGGGGUAAUUUAUCCUUUUGAUAUAAACCUUAAGGUAACAAUGAGAAAAUCAAAGAAAAAGAUACUCUAUGCUGAAGCUGAGGGAGAUUUUGUUGAUUUUCUAUUCAGCUUCCUCACAACACCUCUUGGAUCUAUUCUAAGGCUAUUGCAUGGCAACUUUUUCUUGGGAUGUAUGAAUAACUUGUACAUAAGUGUGACGGAUCUCAAUCCAUCAUGGCUUACAAGGCCUUCAAGCACUCCUUUAUUGAAUCUAAGGGUGGCUCCUCAAUUUGGUUGUAGGAGGCACCCAACACAACUUUGUGAAGGAGACACUCCUUGUUACUGGUAUGGUACAGGAAUAAUUAAAAAUAAUAUUUGCUAUGCCAUUGGAAAUGGAGUGAUUUCAAAGGAACAAAGUCUGAUACAACGUGCAGCAGCCAUGAAACUUUUUGACCCAAGAUCCCCUGAUGGCACAAGAGAAUCUGCUGUGGGCUUUGUGAAGAGGCCAUCACUGUUUGUUGUAUGGGAUGAUCUUCAAGUGACCCCAUUGGCAAACACUUCUAGCAUUUCAUUUCUGCAAAAGCUGAAUGCUCCAUUGGAUGAUUUGGAGGAGCAUGAAGUGAGAAUUGGAGAAACAGAGGCACUAAACCUAUUGGGAACUUCUUUGACUUCCAAAGCUGCUUUGACAGAAGCCCUAUUAUACCUCCUGAAGAACACAAAGGAAGAAGCUAUGGCUUGAACUCUUUCCAGUUGUUGAUAAGAAGCUGAAUAAUAGAGGAACCGUGCAAAUAUUUUGACUACUGAAGUAUGUUCCAAAAGCCAAGGAUAUUAUAUUACAUUUGAGUGCAUUGGAUGGUGAUGUGAAUUUUACACUCCUAUGCUCUAAGAAAUUAUCUGUUAGUGAACUCUGCAACUGCUAUAUGCUAUUGUGAUAGACAAUCUUGACAUGAAUAUUGAUCAUAAGAUAAAUGAAGAUUACUGGUUAAAGAGUUC